CAGCUCUUUCCCCCUGGGAGGUAACCUUCAAAGGCUCUGCUCAGCGCGAUGGAUGACCAGCUGAGCGAUGGAGAUGGACAGAAUCAAAGGACGAGCUCCCUUCAUUGAGACCAGAUGAAGGGACACCUUCAGACUUCCUGCAGCGAGGGGACAGACCCUGCAGCAGUUUGAUGUUCGUCAUUGACGCACCUAAAAGAAAAUCAUUUUAAAGAAGAGACUCUACUGAUCAGAUAAAUAUUUAGUUUUUGUACUGUCAGCAUGAGCUCAUGUGCUGACUUUUUCUCCCUGUGAUGCUUGUUAUGAGUUGUCCAUCCACAACCAAUGAGCCAGAGAGCUGCUGCAGCGAGGGAAGCAGCUGCCCCGCCUCCUCCAUCACCACCUCUGACCCCUCCUCUAUGUCCGGACACACUAACACCACCCUACCUUCCCUCAGCGACGACCCUGACACCUCUAAACAUGAAUCUCCUCCUCCCCGACCGCCCCCACCUCCAGGGGCACCUCCGCCCCCUCCUCCACCACCAGCGACCACCACCCACAAUGCCAGGAAGAAGCGGCGCGUCCGCAGCUUCUUCUGGAAGCCGAUACCGGAGGAGAAGGUCCGCGGGAAGCCCAACAUCUGGACCAUGUCGGUGCGGCAGCAGCAGUACCAGAUCGAUGUUCGCUCGGUGGAGGAGCUCUUCGGGCAGCAGGAAGAGGCGAUGGCGGGCAUACGGGGGGCCACGCUGGCUGCUGGAGCCUCAACCGGGGUCUCCAGGUCCCGCUCCUUCAAGGAGAGCAGCAAGGGCGAGAUCAGCAUCCUUGACUCCAAAAGAGGGAUGAAUGUGGGCAUUUUCCUGAGGCAGUUCAAGAGAUCCAACCGCUCAAUUGUUGAAGACAUACUAAAAGGAGAAGGAAAGACUUAUGGAGCAGAGCUGCUCAAAGACCUGCUGAAGCUCCUGCCUGACGUAGAGGAGAUUAAAAAACUCCAUGCGUAUAAAGGAGACCCAGACAAGCUGACACUGGUUGAUUCCUUUAUGUUCCUCCUGAUCCAGGUGCCUCAGUUUGUGGUUCGGAUCGAGGCCAUUGUCCUCCGCGAGGAGUUCUUCCCUUCCUGUGCUGUAAUGAGCCGUGAGAUCGAUGUCAUCCGCGUCGCCACUAAAGAGCUGAUGAGCUGUGAGGAGCUGCAUGCCAUUCUGCAUCUGGUGCUGCAGGCCGGAAACAUCAUGAACGCCGGCGGCUAUGCAGGAAAUGCUGUUGGCUUCAAGCUGUCAUCUCUCCUCUCAUUGGCCGACACCAAAGCCAACAAACCGGGGAUGAACCUGCUGCACUUUGUCGCCAUGGAAGCCAAGAAAAAGGACGAGGAGCUGCUCAAAUUCCCAGAGAAACUCCAGGAUGUCCAGAGUGCAGCCAGAAUCUCAGUGGAAAACAUUGAGGUGGAGUUUUCCUCCUUAUAUGUUCGGAUUAAAUCCCUAGAGGAGAAGGUUCAAGGGGACGCGGAGCUACUGCAGCAGCUGGAGCCCUUUCUGCAGAGUUCAGCGCAGACGCUGCAGGACCUGAAGAGGCGCAGGCUGGAUCUGCGGAAAGAGGGGAACGCUCUCAUCGACUUCUUCUGUGAAGACAAGGACACCUUCAAGCUGGACGAGGGCUUCCGCAUCUUUCAAGACUUCUGCCUCAAGUUCAAGAAAGCUGUCAAGGACAAUGCGGACCGUGAGUUGAAGGAAGCAGCCAGACAGCGUCGCCUGCGGGAGUUGGAGGAGAAGCGCUUCGCCUGGUCGGAUGCAGAUCAGAGUGGGGGGUUUGGUCGCAGCAGCAGUGAGAACGACGUGGAGAUGCUCACCAAGGAGGGGCUGCUGGACUUCUUCCAGCAGAGGUCUCAGAGUCCCAGCAGCCCGCUGGCACGCUCCGCCAGCGCCCGCCGCCACCGCCACACCAUGACCUCCAUAGCAGACCAAGAUCUCAGAGGAUACCUGGAGGUGUUCGGAGGCGCCGGGACUCCAACCGACUACUCAAAGUUCAACAGCCUGCCUCGGUCGGGCCGUGCCGUGCAGCGGAAGUCGACCCCCUGGAUCUUAGACCAGGACGACAACCGCGAGCUGGGCUGCGACAGACAGGUGACGUCCCCCCGAGCCGAGACUGAGCCCAUCAGCCCCCUGGCUAGGUACUCCUCCUCUGGGAUAAACAAUAACGAACCUUACAACAACAAUAACUACUCAUCCAUAUCAGAGGGCAGCGCUCUGCCUCGUCCCUUUUGUGUCUUUCAGACGCCUGCCCACCUUCCCAACCCAAAUAUCACCGGCCACAUGAAUGUCAGUCUGGAGAAACACACUUUAGUUCGAGUUCCUCAAGCUUUUGACCUGCCUAGUCCUAACAACAACAGUAAUCAUACACACUUUGUCAACCAGGGGGAUGUCGUGGUGACUGAUUUGGAGAAGGAAAGACAGACUUUGCCCUCAAAUCUGAACCUUCACCUACAUGAUAGAGUUUUAGAAAGAGGAGCAUUUCCCAAGGCAGCCUGGGGAGGAAAAAUAGAUCCUUCAACACAAGCUGGGGUCUCCCUUGAGGGAGAGAAAGAAGAGGAGGACAACAGCACAGUGUCAUCAACAACCUGUGACACGCCCCUCCCCCUGGAUAGCUCUGUAUCCAAUAAGAAACCUUUGCUUUACAUAGUAGAUUCCACAGAAACAGACUUCUCCGUCACCUCUGAUUACUCAGAGGUUGAUAGCUCGUCUCUAACGAAAGAGGGGCCGCCUGACUGCAGGAGAUCUGACCAGGAGAACCAGCGAGAUAACAGCUCUUUGUCCUCGAAUUUGAAGUCCAUGUCUCCCAAAGACCAGUCAACCAAUGAGCUGUCAAGAUCUGGGGACACAGCGCCCAUGAACGUAUCUGCUACCACAGAAGAGUGGGACACAGAGAGCUGUGACACCGCAGAGGGAAAGCAAGGUGAGGAGAAAGAGACGCAGGGAGGCAGCAGAAAGCCAGUUCAAACUAAGAGCAAAGCUAUCAAAGCGACCAGGAGCAAGAGCAGCGUGCGGACGCUGAACAGCAGCGAGAGCCAGGGCAUGAGGAAGGUCGUGCCCAUCAGCAAGCCCACCAGGACAGGAAGCAGCAAGAGAACAGAGAAACCUGCGGCGCACGACAGCGGAAAGUCAAUCCGGCCUCUCCGUGACCAGAGCACCCCGGCGAGGGGGCGGAGCGAGAAGACCACGAGACCUCCCCGCCACUCCAGCCUGCCUCCAGAGGAAUCAAAAACUCAGAGAGGAAGCAGCCUCACAGGCGGCGCUUUGAGGUGGGCACGAGAUUUGACUCCGAGAAAGGUCUCCAUCCACAAGCCCAGUGCCAAAACCGUGAGGAACAUCCCCAAGCCCCCUCCUGAGGAGAAGAUGUGCCGCUCCACCAUGAGAGCCCUGGCCCAGGCUCAGGCUAAAGGUGGAGCGUCCCCUGAGAACAGCUGUUGUAACACGCUCAUCGCUAAAAACACCUCCGAUGUCCCAAACUUUGCCCGCAACACCGUAGCCUCCCAGUCCAGGACCAAGAUUGAGCUGCUGCCCCCCUCCGUCCCCUCCACCCCGUCUCGCAGCCCCUCCCUCAGGGGAAGGCAGACCCCAGUGAAGCAGAACAGGAUGUCUUCCACAGUGCACAGCAGCGAGGAGCGGACCCCCGGGACCAGCCUGCGACGGGUGCAGAGUGUGAAAGCUAGCAGUCGCAGCGCCUACCGCAGUGAGACCCCCCCUCCUCCUACUACACGUGAAGACACCCGUAAGACUAGUAUCAUUUCAGAGAAGUCCGUCCAGUAUAGAGACUCACUGACGCCCAGCAGAGGUGCUAAACCAAGCUGGAAGUAAAACAAACUGACUGCAGAUAGAAAGGCUUUCUCCCUGAGUUUAAUUUUAAAGGAUCUUUUGCAGACUUCUCCUCUCAUAUCAUGCAAAAGACAGGAAUCAGACAAACAUUUUAAGCUAUCUCACCUUAAGGUUCCUCCCGUAGCUUAAUCUGUAUCAGGUUUAUGAAUUGCAAAGAGCAAGAUGCAAUGAACUGCUCCACGUGUUCCUGUUUGGUUGCUUUUUAUUUCUGCAAGUUCCCUUUCUGAGGGGGAUUACCUAAACUGACAAAUGGCAAAUUGGUGUGUUUACACAGGAGCCCGUUGGCCUGCUUAGCUGUCUCAGUGACUGUAUGCUGGUGUCUUUGAUGAUGUUGAACUCUACUGAAUAUAUGAUGCUGCUAUUUAGCUCUGACAAUUUGAGACUGAAUUUCAGUCUCCGUUUCAUUCAGGGUUACAAGAUUUGUUGUACCUUAACUUGCUGCUGUUUUGGUGUCCUUUAGUUUGGUUGCGUCCUCCUGUAGAGUAUCGCUCCGUUUGCUUUUUGGUUUCUUUGCUUGAUACCUCAGAACGAUCGCAGUGGCCUGGCACCAGAAGUAGAUAUAAUUACUCGGCUCUGCAUGAUGAAGACGUAGAUCUGAUUAAUCGGUAUAAACUGCAAUGUCACUUUUCACAAAUCCUCGGUAUAUUAAUGUUCAAUAUAUAACGUCACAGAUUAUAAGCCAGUGUAUAUCAACUGUGGUACUUGUUGUAUCUCAUGUAUGUAUCGGUCCGUAGAUUGUAAAUGUGUUAGAACUCCUCCAUAUUAUCAUGGAGCAGACGUGCACGUAGGAGAUGUUUCCUGUAUGCUGUAGGCUAAUACACCGGCAACGAUAAUGCUUUGAAGGAAAGCAUUGAACACGCCUGAAACAACACUGAAGUAAUCAUCGUCAUGGGAUUAUUUGACACUAAUGUUUCUACUGUGAAUGUAGUCAUCUCAUGUUCUCUAGGCCUUCCAACAACAACUGGUCAUAAUUUAACCCAGCCUCGGUGUGUGCCUCAAAUAUAUCACUUUUACACUCAAGUCACAGAGCCGCCAUUAUUGAAGCUUGUAAAAAACAUACCUGUUUUAAAGGUAUUUAUCAUAAUCUGUUAAAACAAUUCAAAUCAUGUGGAGGAAAAUAUUCAGUCCUUUUGUAGGUUAAAAAAUGUUUGCGGCGAUAUGCCCAGUUGUGACUAUAAACUUUGCAUGUAGCAAAUAUUACAUUUGACAUUACAUUUGUCACAAGAAUAAUAAUAACAUUUUAUUUUGUAUGGAAAUAAUUCAAUGUUAUUCAAUAUGGACACUCUUAACCUUUAAAAGUUAUAGAUUUUGUUUCAUGUUGAACAAAUUGAGCCUUAAUGUAUAUAUUUUUUAAGCUACCCUUUUUGUUUCUUGCAGUGUUGACUUUCUAAAGUUGGGCAAAUUGUUCUUAAUCCAAAGUGGAUGGAAAUGGCGUGUUCCUUCUCAAUUUGUUCGAUGUGAUCCAAAUGAAGUUUUAUAGAAUUUAUAUUUGUCCAUAUUGAUGUUUCAUUAAAUUAGCUUUUAUUUUCAUACAAAAAACCUUGUCACAUGUUUCCUUGCCGGAUACCUGGAUGGCACCUUAGGGGUACAUUUGUUUUUUUUAAUCAUAUAACAUAGGGAAUAUUUUCAUUUUUUAAAACGUAUAUUUUUUAUUUUAAACAACCUUUUUAGCUUUUCAAAAAUUACAUUUUGAUUUCAUGCUUUAUGCUUUGUGACUUGAGUGUUAAGAGUAUAAUAGGCACAGACCUGGGCUAAAAGUUUCCCUUUUGACCAUUUCACACCACUUGCCUUUCAAUCUGCAUUGUGCCAUUGCCUCACAACACUGCAUUGCCUUAAAGCUAAAUGUAGCCCAACAUCACCGGUAGAAACUCUUUGAUUGUAAAAGUUUUCCUUUUUCUACAUUUCAUCACACCGAGCUGUAGUGAUACACUUUGUACAUAAUGUAAAGACAUAGUAUUUUUCUGACUAUCAAUAUGUUUACAUAGUAGUAAAAAAAGACGAAGGGUAUAACAUUAAGUAUGUGAUUGCACAGCUGUUUUGAAGCGUUCAGAUCUCCUAUCAGAUGCUGACCUGCAGUGUGUUGGCAUGCGCUCGGUGUCUUCCUGUUCCUUGUGAUGCAAAUGAAGCCGAUGAUCCGAUGACACAAAAGAGCCAGUGUGACGUGCGGCUGUGUGUGUGGCCUGCAUGGAAACUCCAUCUAAACCCUUUGUAAAGUAAUGGAGGGUUUCAACUAAUGUCUGCCUUCAUUAUCAAUCAACCUGACAAAUCCUUUUUAGUUAUCUAUUAAAAAGCCAGAAAACAGUGAAAACGUCCAUAAGAGAGUGCACCCUAAAGCCCAGGGUAGGAUCUUCAAAAAGGCUUUUUUUUUAUCAACUCUCAAACAAAAGAACACAACAUACAUUUACUUCACAAUCAUGUAAAGAAUUUGAAGAAAAAGAAGUCCCAUGAUUGUUGUCAUUUUUAUCUGAUUCAUAAAUCAAUGUAUCAAAUGAUUCAGCUAUAAAGAUAUGAAAGGUAUAAAGAUAAGUAGCGUGUAUUCGUCUGGGAAUGCUUCAGCUAAGAGCUUCUCACUGUCUUUCAGCCUGAAGUAAAACGCCUUUAAUUAAAUCGUUAAAAUCACCUUGGAAACAGCAGUUUACCGUGCUCCAGAGCUCUGAAUAAGAAGCUAAUUUAUGGUCCACGAGUUAAGAUUGGACUUUAGAUAUUUUAAUGUAAAUCCAUUUGUAAACAAGCUCCAAAAUUGUUGAAAAAAUGUAAAAGUUAUAAACCAUGCAAACAGAGAAUUCAAACUAAGUACAAAUGUGUUUAAUUUAAAUAACAUUUAAUUUGUCUCAGGUUUGAUUAUGAAGCAACAUUUGUUUACAUAUUGAGCAUUUAGAUUUCUCUUUUUUUUACACAAAAUGUUAUUUUUCAACAGCAAUAAAGAUGCUUUUUCUCCCAAAUUCUCUCGUGCUCUCCGUCAGUCCUCAGUCUCAUUCUUUGUGUUCCCACAAUGCCCCCUGGUGCCACCUUUAACAGCCCCAGCUUUACAAUGGCUGCCCUUUACAUUUCGUCCCACUGGCUCAGAUCAGCGGCUGAGGAAUUUGAAUACUCACUCUUCCUCUUCGCCACAACUUCCCUUUUACAGGAUGGUUACUAUAGUUACAGUCCCAACGUCCAUGACCAUUUCAGACUCAAGAGCCUGUAAACCAGAUAGGUCAUUGCUGUCUGCAAACGUGUGUCUCGUUACGUGGUUUUGUUUCAAGUCACUCGCCCCAAAGCUGCGUACAGUACUGGAUGCGACCUUGUGUUUUUAAAGUUACUCUUUUGCUUUAGUUCAGAAUGUCUGAUUUUCCUGUAAGGUUUAUAUUCCCUACAUUUCAAUAUAUGUGCAUCUGUUUUGGCAUCGUUUACCUCCAAGUACGUUUUUUGCACACUGGACAUUAAUGACAAGUGGGUUUUUUUCUUCCUGUGUGAUGAAAGUCAUUGAUGUGGCGAAUACUCGGCUGGUCUAUUACAAUCUGAAGCCUCACAUGGAUUAAGGAACGGACUGAUCACUACACCACCGGGCUGCACAUUGUGACUAGACUGCAGUUCUGAUUUCUGAUGAUGUUAUCCAAGAAAUAAAUACAAAUCACAUGUUGCUGUGUAAACUGAAAACGAGGUCUUGGUGAUUCUUUGAGAAACAAUGUUUUAUAUUAUAUUAUUAUUAGUCUUUUUUUUCACUGUGUGAUUAAGUGAUACCAGGACAAGAGAAGACAAGUUGAGGGACACAAAAUACAAUGUUUAAGAUUCUGACCUCUGUCUUUUUAAAUUCGGUUGUUUUCUGCUCUCUUGAGAACACAAUGGGG